AUGACUAUAAUAACAUUUAACGAUGCUAAAUCAAAUCUACCACCCGGUUGUAGUUGCUACAAUGGCACUGACGGCAUUUUUCCUCGAAGCUGUUAUAUUCCUGGCUGUAGUCGUGGUAAUAAUAAUGGUUGCAAUUCUUUGAAUGUCCUGAUUGGCAACAACUAUCGUAUUCAAUUUGAUAGCGGUACCAAUAUUGUUCAUGGUUGUAAUUGUCCCAACUUUAGUUACAACAAUGGUACGAGUACUGGUGACAAUGGUGUUUCUACUAAUACAGUUGAUACUCCUAUAAGUACUUAUUAUCAAUAUACUAAUUGCAAUAAUAUUGAUGUUAGUCCUAAUGCUGUUGCUUGUUGCAAUUUUUGUUGCACGUUAUCGAAAACGGCUACGAGUAAAUAG